UCAUAAAAUAUAAAAUAGAACGAAGUCAAGAAAGAAAUAAAUUAUUCGACGAUAAAUUAUUCGACAGUUUCAAUUGAAAAAGAAGAAAGAUCAAGCAGAUCAUCUCUUGCCAUCCUUAUUUUUAUUCAAUGAGAAUAACGCGAGGCGUUCGCGUUGAUAUUCAUUACGAGACCGGGCUGAAGCUGAACGACCGAUGAAACAUUUCUUUCUAAGGAUCUUCUGCGGGAGAAAGCGAGAGAAACGGAAGAAUUCGAAGGUGAAAGAAAGGAAACGAGUGGUCCUCGACAGACGUUGCGCCUGUUGCUUGGCAUCGUUUCUUAUCGACCGUGGCGUGCGCUGCAGCGAUUGCGGCGCCCGAUCCUGUAGGAAGGCCUGUUCGCGUUGGGACACAUCCGACAAUGCCUGGCACUGCAUAUUCUGCCAUCAACAAAGAUCGUGGCUAAAGAGGAAUGAUAACUGGUUCGACAAUUUCGGUGGCAUGGCGAAUGAGGAGGAGGAACUGCGUAGCGUCUUUGGCACCGCCAAAUCGCAUCUUUAUGUUGCAGGAAAUGCAGCUGCGAUUUCAAACGUGGAACAGAUUCAGGAGGAUCGGGAAGAGAGACGCAUGGUGUACGCAAUCCAAAAUUUUGUCGAGAAGAUAGUCGACGGUCUCGUUGAGAACAUAGACGAUACGCCAAUCGAUCGACUCUACGAGGACCUCGAAUACGACAGAUUUCUAGAGGAACAUCGUCCACCAUUGAUCGCCGCUCUCAUUCGAUUGACUACCUGUUUGAAAGCGUCCCUUACGAAUAAACCGUCUACGGAUCCGCCAACUAUGGCGCAUGCGGCGCUCAGAGAGAUCGUCGAGAAAGCCGUCGAGGAAGCUCGGAAGUUGCCAGGAUUAAAUGCAUCCGAGGACACAAAGCAACUUCAAGAAGAACGCGCCGUCACGGAUGCUAGUUAUGAGGAUCUCCUCGCUACCGCGAUACUCAAUAAGGUCAUCGAAAAAUAUCAAAGAGAACGAGUUGACGGUAACAGCAACGUUCUACACGACACAAAUUCGCCUAAAGCAAAAUAUACCGCAAAUGACAGCAAGCAUGGCCUUGAGGAAGAUGUGGCGAGUUACGCAUCCGACCAUCUUGAGUGCAACGGUGAUCAUAGUGCAUCGAUCAGGCGGAAUGAAGAUCAUCAUAAACCGGUGUCCUUUACGAUGGAAGAAAGAAUCGAAGAAGUAACCACGAUCACGUCGGACGAUGAUGAACUUCGAGACAACGGCACCUUGGAAUUCGGUUGCAGUCGACGCGUACCGUUUCCAGAAUAUGGGAUGGACAUCAUUGACCCUCCGCGAGAAUUACCCUCGCCAUCGCCAUCAUCAUCGUCAGAUUCUUCAGAUUUAAAUCGCAACGAAUAUCCGCCAGUCAGAACGAAACGUCACGCUGGUCACACGAUAGAUAUAGUCUCGCCAAUCGAGUCUUGGGAGGAUAAUUGGCUAUUCCAGAAGAAGAGGAACUCCCGAUCGCAGCCAGACGCGGUUGCUAUGUUAGUACCGAGCUCUAACGCAUAUUACAAAGCUCUGAUUGGCGAUCGGAAUGCUGAGGAUACGUCCGAUUUAUCUGAAUGUUCCUCUACGAAAUCUGACGAAGAGAUCGAAAAGGAACUGAUGGAGGCGAUCAGCAACGUGAUUCCGAGAACUCCUAGGAUCUCCGAAAGCGAUGUGAUAAAUGAUCAGAUAGAAAAUCAUCAAGAAGGAACAAGCAAGAUGCAAUUCGAAAAAGACAAGGUCGAUAUCUGUCAAGUGAUAAAGAAAACUGAAAAGAACGCAACUGUUUGCGAGAGUUAUGAUGAGAAAAAUGAUGAGGAACACUUGAAGACUUCAGAAAAGAAAACAGCCAAACGUGAAGAUGAUAAAGAAAAACGAAAUGAAAAUUUAUUUAUGUUGAUAACAGUAGCAAAGGGAAAUGACGAAGCCAAAGAGAAGCCUAAGGAUACAGUCGAAAGCAGCAAAAAGAUAACCGCAACCGCGAUGGAAAGUUCUGUGCAAAAGGAAGUAAAGAUGAAAUCUGAGAAAUCGAGUGAGAGGAGCGAUCGAGGGGAAAACGUCGCGGACGAAAAUGAAGAGCAACGAGAGAGCGAAUAUACCGAACAUUACGACACCGCGAUCCAGAGACAUUUGGACAGUUUAACGAAGAUUGAAGUUUACUCUGGAGAGAACGAGACAAUCGAUGGAAUGAGAAAAAUGACAGACGAACAGCUUAGAAAAUCAGAGACCAAUUCGAUCGAACAACCAAAAAGUGAACAUUCAGAAGCCGAAGUCCACCAAUUGUUUUACGCAACAAUCGACAAGAAUCACGUCAACAUGAUAAGUGAAAAUGAUCCAUUAAGCACCCCUCCACGACCAGGCACAAUAGCGGAACGCGAGCACAAAAAAUGGGAAAAUGCUCCACCGAUCGAAAACAAUCCCUACAGCGAGGAGAGCAUACGAAAGCGAUGUUUGGAAAGGCAAUAUUCGAGAAAUUCGGAUAUUUCAGGAGCCCAUUACGAGUUAACAAAACUGAAUGAAGUAAGUCUGGAGACACUGACACCUGGUCGACCGGACAUCAAACGAUUCGGCAGGGAUUACUAUAUCAACCAAUCGAAGGUAGCCAGUGGAGAACGACAAGAACGGAUCAAGUCGGCGAUGUCCUCGAUGUCGAGUAGACCGAGCAGCUCGCUGUCCCAGCAAUCGAGCUGCGCCAGCGAUGAACAACACGAACAACAGGAAGAACGACUACCUAUGUCUAAAGAGACCAACGAUAGUAUUUCGAUCCUGCAAGAAGAUAAAGAUACGAAGAUGCCGGCCUCAUGGCGCAAGAACAACGCCGAGAUAAUUAGUCUCGAAACGAAUAAUCACGCUAUGAAUUCGCGUGUUCCCGUCGAUCGUCAGAAAGUCAAAAGCGAGAAAGACACGCCUGAUGAAACGACGUGGAAGGACCAACAAACGGACGACAUUCUGGAAAAUCAAAGAAAAAACAACAAAAAUGAGAUUAAUGCCAAGCUUAAUAAUCAGGAGCAAAGUAUCGAGGCUGAACAUAAGGACGACAUGGAGCGAAAAGUUCGGAAGAUCGACUUAAAAGCAUACGGUUUCGAGAACGAGUUUUCGGAUAAGAAGAAGCCUCAACAAAUCCGCCAACAAAGAAUGGUGAAUAGACUGGAUCUGAGCUCCUUCGGCUAUCAAAAUGGUCUGCGUCGCGCUCACUCCAACAACCAAUUGGACCAACCAUUACGGAAGAACGACAAAUCAAAUUUAACUAAACAUGAAUAUAAAGAAUAUCUGAUCGACGUGCCGAGAUCAUUCGGCUGUAAGGAUUUCGAGAAGAGCUCAAGAGGAUUCAAGCUGCGGGACGAAGUCGAGGAGAUAAAUUCGCGGCUAAUAUCCGUCAAAUCGAUGCCAAAUGUCGCUGAAGACGUAUGUUAUCAUGCGAAUCCGGUUUACGUGAACGAUGCGCAGGAUGAACUGACCGCCAUAAAUCUAUUGGAUCUCGUGAAGGAACGCGAUGUGAUCAUUGAGGAUGACAUUUCGCUGUUAAACGAUUACGAUGAAAUCUCGUCCGACGUCGAAAGAUCUUUCGAGGAUAUAUAUAUUAUGACCAAGGCUCAGUCUCGAGAGACGAAUGAAGAACUGCGGGUGAUGCCUUCAGUAAAAAGACUCGCGGAAGUGUUCGGCAGACGACAGACUUCUGAAAAGACUGCCGUGCCCGCGAAAGUGUACAGAGCUUCGGUGGCGAAAGUAGAUGAUGCCAAGGAUAGAUCGGCUACUCCUGAAGUACAGAUAGUUGAAACGCCCAGGCAGAUGCACAGUUUGACAGCCAGAUCUCUUUCGAGGGAAUUUCGGGAGGGUUUACGUCAAAUACCCGGAAAACUGACAUCGCUACCAGUCAGUCGAUCGUUAAUAGAAGAGCGACCUACAAAUCGAGCAGAAAUCGUGCGAUCGAAACAAGAGAGCAAUGACACCACCGUAAUCUCACCUGGCAAGCUCAAAUCGAACAUAAUAUUUUGGGAGCAAAUGCAGAAAAAAAGUUAAACAGUAUUUUCCCAUGAAUUCUUAAUAAUCGUUGCAGUAUUCUGGUAUUUACAAGACAGAACGAAAAGUUACGGUCGCGAAAUCAAUUUUGUAUAUAUGUAUAUGAAAAACAGAGAUUGGAAAUUGCGCGAUCGCUAAGAAAACCAUGGCUUAGUACGAUAAAAUCAAAUCAAGAAGUUAACUCGAAGAAAUAUAUAACUAAAUAGUGUAAAUAUAAUUAUUGUGGGGUUUAAUGGCAAAUAACAGUUACUAAAAUUACGGCGACAAAUCGCUUUCAGUCAAAAGAGGAUUUAUUGCCAAUUUCGCAAUUCAUUCAAUUUUGUAUAUUUGUAAAUGAUUUUUGUACGUAGAAUUUUGCUCAGUUUCGAACUGAGUGAAAAUGUGGAACUAUUCAAACUUCACGCAAAGUCAAGUCAAAUGUGACAUUUUAGAAACGGCAUUUAUAAGAAAAGAUAAUUGCUACUUAAUUAAGAGUUAAGUAAUUUGCAUUCAUAAAGUUGCCAACGUUGCUAUCCUUGCGAGCGGCAAGGGUGUGUUAAUGUCUGCAUCAAAAGAUAGUUCCUUAGGCCGGCCACACACGUUCAAAUAAACUUACACAGGUAUGCUUACGCGAAUCACUUGUACAAGUUUACUUGAACGUGUGUGGCCGGCCUUAGCGUAAAUUAAUUUUGAGACAUUGUAACAUGAUAGGAUAAUUUUUUCGCUGUAAAAGCGAUAACAGGAAGAUAGCUUUAUAUAGAAGUGUAAUGAAAUUCGUGCCAAAUGGCAUCGCGACAUGAUAUGUUGAUUGCCAAAGAAAGCAUUCGAACAUCGUGUUCGAGAUGAGAGACCAGGUUAAUCCUUUCUGUCCUGAUUUAUAUUACAGGAGCGUUUUUAAUUAUAAAAAAAUUAUUCUUAAAUUUAAAAAAAAAUUGUUGAAAAAAAUAAAAACGAAUUUUCUAAAAAUGUGUACAUAUUAACUUUUUUGUUGAAGAAAAAAAUUGAAAGAAAUGUAGUUAUUACAAUCACGUUGUGCUACAAAGAGCCAAAAAAGAGUUAACCCAACGCGUUGCCAAUCGAG